AUGUUCUCAGCAGUUCGAGGGUUGCGUUCCUCUACUAGGCCUUUCAGCUCAACCGGCAGAACGACCGAAACCCCGAACCCCCUCCCCGCAACCUUCUUGCGAGGAGGUACUUCCAAAGGCAUAUUUAUCAACCGUGACCAUCUUCCUGCCGACCGUUCUGCCUGGGAUCGCAUAUUUCUUGGAAUAAUGGGUUCCCCAGAUCCAGUUCACGGGCGGCAGCUCAACGGUAUGGGUGGAGGGGUGUCUAGUCUCUCAAAAAUAUGCGUUGUCGGCACCCCAUCCCCCAGCCAGAGAUCCCAGGGAAUCCGUGAUACCAGUAUAGACUACUCCGGAAACUGUGGUAACCUUUCCAGUAUGAUUGGUGCAUAUGCCUUGGACGAAGGAAUAUGUCGCGAUCCUGCCACCACUCUAGACGGCUCUCGUAUAACUAUCCGUUCCCUCAAUACCAACACCCAAAAAAUCAUCGACACCACUUUCCCCGUGAACGACGCAUUGGUUCCUGUUCUUGAUCUCCCGGAGACUUCUAUCGCCGGAGUUCCAGGCAACGCUUCCCAAAUAAUCAUGGACUUCGUAAAUCCCGGAGGAGCCAGGACUGGGAAACUACUUCCUACCGGUGAUCCUAUCAACUCUUUGACUGCUCCCAACGUCUCCGCAUCAUUAGUUGAUGCUACAAAUCCCACAGUAUUUGUUCGCUCAGACGAACUCGCGUCAUUUCUCCCAUUAUCCGACUAUCUGAGAGAACUCCUCGAGUCCAUUCGCCAGAGCGGUGCCGUGAAAAUGGGGCUUGAUCCACACGCUCAGGCUCAGCCAAAAAUUGCCAUACUCAGCGCUCCAAGCACCGAUGACGAUCACGCCCAGUCGGUUGAUGUCGUCGUCCAUGCCUUAUCAAUGGGUGUUCUCCACAAGGCCGUUCCAAUGACAGUCGGACUUUGCCUUGGUGUUGCGGCCAAUAUUCCCGGCACCAUUGCUUGGGACAUUGUUUCCGAAGCGCGAAAGAUCCGUCAAGGAGACGGUAAAUUAGUACGGAUACGGCAUCCCAGCGGAACUGUUGAUGUAGGGGCAGAAAUCUUGCCUGAUGGUCACGUAAAAAGCCCCAAAGUGGUGAGAACAGGCAGGAGACUCAUGAAGGGCGUUGUUUGGUGGUAA